ACCACAACAGCAACGUGUGAUUCAAGUGUGACGUGAUAUGCUGCCUUUUAAGUGGCAAGGCAACAUUCUAAGACAGUUGUGUAGCUGCAGCUCUAGGAGCAACUUAAGUUCAAUUGAGAGACUCUUUGACACUGGAGAAUUAUUAGACUGCAAGACAGUGUAGUGGCUUCCAUAACUCUGCUACCUAUAGAAGCAAAUGAGUCACAUUCUUUGGGUUGCUGUCCUCAUACUGAAUGCAGAUCAGGUGACAAGUCUAAGCUUCUUUUCAGCGGAGAGCCCCAGUUCACGAUAUUGUGUGAACAUAAUACCACCUACAGAUUGGCAGAGUGCUUUUAACUUGUGCAAGGAACGUGGAUCAGACAAAAGCAUUCUUCAGAUAUUAAAUGACUUAGACACUGAAAAGUUUUACAGUACAUUACAUCUCUACAAUAUAUAUGCAUUUUGGGGAGAUGUGAGAAAAAUUUCAAAUUCUACAGCUGGUGACGUGAAGGAAAGAUUGAGUUUAAAUUUUCUUCCUUGGACGGGGAGUGAAAAUCCUGGCACUGAUGCAAACUGUGGAUUAGUGACAGGCCUGCCAGGGCAGGGUGGACUAAAACUUCUGCCAUCCUCCUGUCAUAAUAGACACAUCAGUCUAUGCUUAGUCAAUUCUUCUGAAGAUUAUCAACAUGACGGUAUCUUCUGUGCAAAUUUAACAGAUGAUAAAACAAAAAGGGAACCUGAACUCACAUUGCGGUCUGAUGGACGUGAACUUGUACUGCUGUUUCCAGAGACAUUAUUAGGAGAAUAUGUGUGUGGAGAACAUAACUUACCUGAAAAAAGUCUGGGUAAUCCUAAGUGUUGGUUACUUGGAUUUCGACCAUGGCACCAAAGCAGUGCAGUUAAACUUGAAUGUCUUAGUGUAACAGUGUUGGAAUUCAAUGUCACAAAGAUUCAGAUGAGUGUAACCACCACGGGUGAAGGCUACCUGAUGUGUCAAGCAUGGACUAACAAACAUAUAAAGCCUAUAUUAUCCAAUACAGUUGUCAAAAAACAUUACAAUGACAAACAAAGAUUUGCAUUGGAACUGAAACUGCGCUGUAGUGAAAAUCUGAGCAUAUGCAGCAACCCACAAAAAUCCAUUGAAAUACUAGCAGCUGACCUGAAGAAAAAAUCUCCAAAUACUGUUCGUUAUUUGCCUGCUGCUAUUCUUACUUCACCUACUUCUGAAACACUCCAAGUUAUUCUUCAUCUCAUUGGACCUGUCUCUGAUAACAUAAAGAACCUUAUAAAAAACAGCACCUCAUAUGAGCUAAUCGGAUUGCACAGUCUUUGGCAUUGUGAUGAAGAACCACCCCUUUGGCAUUUAACAAAUGCUGACAGGAGAACUAUAGCAACUGAUGGUACAGCUUAUCGUAUGUGCCAUGGUAACUUUACCUCAGGUGCUCAUUGGGGACCAGUAAUGAAGCUGAAGGUUUCAAACCUGGGAUCAAAAACAAGAAGAUUACAUGAACUCAUCAUGGGAACAGGAAACCAUACCACUAGUGCACUCAGUAAUCUGCAGUCCAUUAUCAGAGACAGAACAGAUAAAAGUGAUCAGAAACUGUCAGCUAGUGACAUUGUUAUUGUAGGUCUCGCUUUAGACUCAGCUGACACAGAGAAACUGAAUUCUUCAGCUGUGGAAGUUGUGGCAGAGGUAACAGCAGCUAUGACAAGGCAAGACAAAGAAGUACUGGAAGUAGCCCAGCAGACAGCUGAAAGUAGUAAUGUCAUACUGAUGAAUGUGGACAGAAUAUUAAGUGAGAUUGACAUACAUGAUGUGCCAGAUGAGAAAGUACUGGCUGUCACUCCAACAUUUGCAACACUUGUCUUCAAUCUACAAACGGCAGGAUGCAGACAUCAAAUUCGAGGUCUCGCUUUACUGAAAAAACAAGACAUUCAUGAGAUACGCAGUGAGGAAAUUGUAAUUUUGAGGUGGAAUGACACAGCAGACACACUGACAGCAAAAGGAGUUCGUGCUGCUGCCGUGUUGCCCCUGCAGCUUCUUUCUUCUCUGAUGGGAGUUGCUACAGACAACUUAUCCGAAACCGAACUGAUUGCUCAGCUCAGAAGAUCUUGCUUAUCAAAGGAUGAAUUGAGAGGACACCACGACAGGAUAGUUAUCAGCAUCUUCUGGAAUGAUAAACUUUUUAUACAGCAGAAUGUGCAGAGAAUAAAAUUGUCAACCAUAAUGGGUGUGACAGUUAAUGGUCGCACUCACAUGAAUCUUGACUAUCCACUUCUCCUAAAAUACAACCUGGACUCCAAAACUGGCUCUUUUCUUAACAUUUAUGAUAGAAAUCAAAGGGACAGAUGCGUCUUCUGGAACUUGAAUGCUGGUGGUGGCUGGUCAAAUGAUGGUUGCCUACCAGUUGACAGCACGUUAACAAGCUGUGCCUGUUUCCAUACCACCCACUUCGGUGAAAUGCUGCAUGGGAGAGACCAUCAAGCAAUUUUAAAUCCAGUUCGCAAUACAGCUCUACAUUAUGUGGCACUUGUUGGCUGCGUACUGUCGACAGCUGGACUAGUCGCUAUAAUAGUAACAGCAUUAAUAUUUCCAAAUUGGCGUCAUCAAGGCCGUGCAAUAGUACAGUUACAGCUAUGCAUUGCACUCUGCGGAUUAGCAACCACUUUGUCAGUGCGUGUGACAGCUGAGGAGUUCUUGCCAGACUGGCGUCCUCAGCCUGGCCUUCCCUGCACUUUGUCAGGAGCUACACUUCAGGUCUUCCUCCUGGCAUCUCUCCUGUGGAUGUUUGCGGCUGGUCUACAUAUGCGCCAAAGACUGUUGAAUCCUUUCUUUGAUUUUUCUCCUACACCCCUUACAAAGCAGCUCUGGGCAUCAGCAAUUCUUUGUUGGAUGCUACCACUGGCCUUGGCUGGAGUUUCUGUAUGGACAUCACAAGGAGCAUAUGAGCCACCAGAUUGUUAUCCACGAGGUCAGAUACUGCAGUUCAGUGUAACAGUGCCUGCUCACAUGCUAAUUGCAGCCAACACCCUGAUACUAGCAUUAUGCAUCCACAUUACCUGCAGCUCAUCUCAUAAAUCCUUGCGACUUUCAAAUGCCUCUCAAAUGGAAAAACGCAUUCGCAGACAGCUACUGUUUGCAAUAUAUCUGUCAAUCUUACUUGGGAUGGGAUGGAUUUUUGGCUUGAUGCAUAUGGAUGCUGUCUUCAAUGUAACUGCCUCUCUGCAGGGGUUUUCCAUCUUCAUAUUUGCCAUAGUUUUGGAUGAGAAAACAAGAUCUAUGUGGACUCAGUUGCUGUGUAAUCAUGUGGGUAAGAGGCAAAGUGGAAUCGAUAUUCGAUUAACAUGCACAUCUUCAACACUCAACACUUCAACAACAGCUAGUGUGGGCAAGACCAAUCAUAUUUUACAAAGCAGAGAUCACUGUAAUGGUUCAAAAAUGUAAGAAAAUUAUCAGUAAGUACUUCACUGUGAUAAAUGUAUAUAAUUUGAUACAUACCAAUCUGUAACAUCUGAUUUAUGAGAAAUCCAUCUCUUUCAUUAAACACUGAAUUUUCAUCUAUGA